GGACUUCUAGCUAUGAUGGGUUCCCUCUGCUAUGCAGAGCUGGGCUCUAGUUUGCCAUAUGCAGGUGGUGAAUAUUAUCAUGUAAGGAGAGGUAUAGGAUCUUUACCUGGUUUUAUUUUUAUAUGGACUUUAACUUUGUUUAUACGACCUGCAUCUAAUGCAGCACGGGCACUGACAUUUGCAGAAUACGCCACCCAGCCAUUUUUCUCUGGAUGUCCAGCACCUGAGCUUCUUAAGAAAUUAUUGGCACUUGUAGUUCUGUGGAUUUUAGGAGUCAUAAAUUCCAAGAGUGUAAAUAUGGCCAAAUGGGUUCAGAACAUAUUUACUGUGCUGAAAAUGAUGGCAUUGAUCAUUAUUAUUAUUGGCGGAUUUGUUGCGCUAGGAGUAAAUAAAGAGGCUUCAGCAAACUUUAAGAAUGCAUUCAAUUCAAAGGUGCCAAAUGCAGCGCAAACUGCAGAAGCUUUCUUUCAGGGUCUAUAUGCAUAUGGAGGUUGGAACUACCUAAACUAUAUGGCUGAGGAGAUUAAAAAUCCCAGCAAGAACAUUCCCCGUACUGUGAUCACAGGAGUGUCCACAGUGAUUGUAUUUUACUUGCUGGUAAACAUCUCAUAUCUAACAGUAUUAACACCCAAAGAGAUUGUGUCCUCAGCUGCUGUUUCUAUUACCUGGGCUGAUAGAACUAUUCCAUCUGUAGCAUGGAUCAUUCCAGUCUCAGUUGCUAUCUCAGUAUUCGGUUCUCUCAAUGGUGGUAUGUUUAUACUUGGACGACUUAACUAUGCUGGAAGCAAAGAGGGGCAUUUACCGGCCAUCAUUUCCAUGCUUAAUGUACAUCACAUGACUCCAGCUCCAGCUAUGAUUGUCUCAACAAUUAUUGCAUCCAUUUUUGUCAUCCCUUCUGAUCUCCUGUCCUUAACAAACUAUUUUGGCUAUGCUUCUUGGCUUUUGGUUGGCCUGACUAGUACUAGCCUAAUUGUUUUGCGCUACAGAGAACCUAGCCUUACUAGGCCAUACAAGGUCUUCCUUCCAAUUGCUUUUAUUGUUGUUGCAGUUUCUGUUUUUCUGGUUUUAGCACCAAUAAUACAAUCUCCAAAAGUACAAUAUAUCUACACUUUGCUGUUUAUGUUAAGCAGUUUGCUUAUCUAUAUUCCCUUUGUGCAUUUCAAAUUACAUUUUGCAUGUUUUGAUAAGAUCACCUGUUAUUUACAGCUUUUGCUGGAGGUAUCACCCACUGAUAUAUUUGAUGAUGAUAAAACACUAUAAAAAAAAAGUAAGCAUCAUUUACAUAAGCACUUACAAAUCUGAAACACCAACAAUUGCUGAAACAUAAACUAUUGCAUGCAUUUAAAGGGAAAAUCAAGUCAAAAUUAAACUUUCAUGAUUCAGAUAGAGCAUGCAAUUUUAAACAACUUUCCAAUUUACUUUUUGAGUCAUAAGCUCCUACUGAGCAUGUGCAAAAAGACACAAAAUAUAUGUACAGUAUAUGAAUUUGUGAUUGGCUGAUGUCUGUCACAUGAUGCAGCAGGAGUGGAAACAGACAUAACUGAAAUUUGUACUCAUUUGAAGUUCAGACUAAGUGCUAUUGCAUUGUCUUGUUAUCAUGCAUUUGAUGAUUAUGCAAAUUAACUGUAUUUACUGGUCCUUUAAAAAUAAAAUUACUUUUAAAGAUAUUUUGU